CUAAGAAAUCGUCAAGUCUGAUCAUAGUAAUCGUCGAGUAUCGAUCUGCUAAUAAUCGAAAUUUCAAACGUUUAGUCAAAGAUGAAGGUUUACGUUCUUGUGUCUUUAAUACUUGUUGCAGUAGCGGUUAUCUCGGCUGCUCCAUACGAUUCAAGAGAUGAAGUUGAGCUAUUCGAAGAAAUUGCCGAAGAGGUAGGGGAACGUGCUACUAGACAGAGAAGAGUAACUUGUGACCUUUUAUCUGCUGGUGGUUUCGUUGGUGACACUGCCUGUGCUGCCAAUUGUUUAAGUAUGGGUAAAGCAGGUGGACAUUGCAAUGGUAGCGGUGUUUGUGUCUGUCGACGAGAUUCUUUCAAAGACUUAUUCAACAAACGUUUCGGCUAAUGU